AUGAAGAAGAGUGGGGCGUUUGGACGAGCUAUGCAAUGCGUCUCACAUUGCGUACGUGUGGGUCCUGGUGCGAUUAACCGACUAUGCCGACAUCUGACGGUAUCGACGAAAUCGUGUGGCAAGGACGCCUACGCUUUGGUCGGCGGAUAUUUUCCCGAGCGAAUCCUGGUCCUUAGCCCAGAACGCGAUGAUUCAGGUGAUGAGAUCGCAGAUGAAGCGCAACUACAAGACGAGGAUCCUCACUUUGAAAGUGAAUCGGAAUCUGGUGAUGUACCUGAAAUGUCCUGGUCAACAACUACAUCAACUCAAGAUCGAUGGAUUUUUACAGGAGAAUAUGGACCAGCCGCCCACGUUUGUAGUUGCAGCCAUCCUGUCGACUUCUACAGUCUGUUUCUUGAUACUGAAAUGAUGGAGCUCAUUGUCACCGAAACGAACAGAUGUGACCAGCGAAAAGCGGAGAAAUCCGAAUCGGACUUCCAAGAUAAGAUGGAGGACGAAAUGAGGAAAUUCUUCGGAAUCCGCCUCCAAAUGGGAAUCGUUAGACUACCACGACUGUAUGAUUUGGAGCCAGCGACCAGCUCUAGGUGGUCAUUAGCACGUCGGUCAUGUUAUGGUUAG